AUGGCACUAACUGGCUCCAGAGAUAAAUGGCGCCAAUUAUACCACCGAAAAAUGGAUUAUUUCGGAAGCUAUUCGAGCAGCAGGAAAAACUAUCGUGUCACUAUUUGUUGUUUACUCAACCGGGUUUUUAUCCAUCCUGACACUUACGGCAAUGGAAUAAAAAAUGCAGGUGCAACUAACAGCUCUAUGCAUUGA